AUGCAACGCCAUCUUGACUUAGCAUCUACAACGUUUAAAGAAACUACUGGAAAGCUUGAGGAAAAGAUGAACGCGCUCGAGCUGAAGCAAGAAGAACUUGACCAGGAAAGAAUAACACUAAGGGAGCAAGUGAAAGAGUUGACAGCGGCAAACGUCGCUCUUGAUGCGAAGGUGGCCGCUCAAGAGAAGGAAGCGUCAGAACUAAAAAGUGAAUCCUCUGGAUUUGUGUGGAAGAUAGGUGGCUUCACUGAGGUCUUACAGCAGGCCAUGAAAGACGGCAACAAGAAAAUAUACAGUAGCCCAUUCUCCACAGGACCACAUGGCUACAAACUCAUAGUUGGUAUGAAACCACUCGGCGACCGGACAUCGAAUAACAGGUACGUUUCUGUAUUCCUUGGUCUCGUGAAUGGUAAUUACGACGCUAUAUUGGCCUGGCCUUUUCAUCGUAAAGUAACAUUUACCUUAAUCGAUCAACAAGAUGAUCCAAAAAAGAGGCAAAACGUGGUCUGCGCUUUGCUCACAAGCACAAGUGAUUCCUGCUGUGCCAGGCCCGGACCCACUUCAUGUAUUACUGAAUUGCCAGGCAUUGCCAGGUUUGUAUCUCACAAGAAUCUGAAGACGAAACGAUACAUUGUUGACGACACAUUAUUUCUUCAAGUUGAGAUUGGCCUUCCACAGUAA